UCUUACUGUCGCGUGAUUAAAUAUACAUAUCUAAAUAUAUAUAUAGUAACGUACUAGACUACUAUCCAUUGUAAUAUUAAAAAUCGGUUGUAAAAAAGAAUAGUUAUGUCUAUAACAAGCGAUACUAUGUAUAACGCAAGAACCGUCGCUCCGUCAUUCAUCUCAUCAAACAUGCAUUACGAUUGCAUACCACGUUAUAAAAAAAAUCAUCAAAAUGUUAUGUUCGAGCAUAUCGAAAUUACGAAACCAUCGCUGUUCAAUUGCUACUCGUAUGAUACACUAAUGGAAACUGAUGAAGAUGAAUGUGAUUAUUCUAUAGCAUCUGGCUAUUUGAAUAAUGAUUCUAUAAUUCUAGAAGCAUCAGUACAAAAUCGGUUAAAGGCUAAUAACAAACUACAACUUCAACAGCCAGCUACUUAUGGUGCGGACGUUCUCCAAUGCAGAAACCGGAAACGACGCAACAGUGAUCUCAACCCUACAAAUCAACUGAAAAAGUUUCGAAAAGACGGUGGUAAGGACUAUGUACAAGACGGUAUGGGAAGCACAAAGGACUAUGGAUCAACUACUGUGCUAUAUAAACCAGAAGCAUUACAUGUAAAUACUAUUGAUAAUAAUAUGGAGCAAUCUAUGGUUAUGGAUAAAAACUGCUGCUGGUCAGGAAAUAAUCAUGAUAUUUUAAAGAAUACAAAUUAUGAAACAUUACUGUUCAAUAGUGGACAAAAGUCAAUUGAAAAUACUAUUGAAUAUGAAAAAAUUUUAUUUGAAACACAUGGGUGCUCUAUAUAUCAGUUUCAUCGAUUGCAACUAAUUAGUAAUGAUGGUUCUGAAGCAGAAUUUUAG